UGAACUGCUGAAUAUCUAUGGCCGUGUGUAAAUGUUAACUGUCAAUGUGAAAGGAAAUUGUCAAUUUAAACCAAACAAGAUAAUUCGGUUUUAAAAUAAUUUAAUCACGAUAUUCUUAAGAAUAGAAAGCACAUGAGGUUAAAAAUGUCUAAUAAUAAAAAAUACAAAUGUGUUAAUUGUGGUGAGCCAUGCUCCGCAUUGUAUAAAACGUACGGGCCGACAGUAUUGAAACUUACUAAAUGUGUGCAUUAGCUGUAAAGGCAUAGUUGAUAAGUACAUCGAAUAUGAUCCUGUGAUAGUCAUGAUAGACCUGGUGUUGAUGUCUAGAGAAGCUCAAAGGCACAUCCUAUAUAACACUAAGUUUAAGGCAUUUUGGAAACUGUUCAUAAUCCUGAUGAUGUUGGAGACAUAUGCAGUAUGGCGCAGUGACUGCCUGUUCUCAAUAGCGGUCAACACAUUAUGUGAUGUUCGAAAUAAUUAUGCAAUAAAUGCUACUACUAUACACAUACCAAUAAGCAUAUCACUACCGGAGACGUGGCGACACAACUGCAAGGGCUGGCUGCAGGACAGCCGCACUGAUGAUACUGACCUGUUUAUAUGGGAAAAAGACUUCUAUGUGCAGUUCAUAUCUACAUUUUCUGGUAUCAUAAUAUUCAUCAGUACAGUUCAUAUAUUAAUGAAAUUAAUACAGCUGUUUGCUACAAAAUGUGAAGUGUCGUGCGAGCUACUGCUGAAGGCAUUCUCCCUGGGCAACAUGAGCGUGGUGUUCCUGCUGCCGGCGCUGGUGUGGAGCAGCGCGGGGCCCGCACACGCAGGCCUCGUGCACUUCGCCCUCGUCUUCCUCUACACGCUUGUUGUCUUCUACAAUGUGUUCACUGUAGUGUACGAGAGGGCAGCAGCUGCGACGGUGUCAGUGAUGGUGGUCAGCCACUGCGCCAAGUACCUCACCACAUUUUUCAGCACACCCUUCCUCAGGGGCCUCGUGCCCUGAACAAUUAUACAACAGAUGUAUCACAGAGUAUUUAUUUCAAAAUAUAUUCCAUUUAAGAAUGAUUGUUUUGAUGAUUAUACAUAAUUUUGUUACACACAAAUACAUGAUAAUGUUGAAGUUAUUCAGAUCACGAAACAUUUGUCAAGCUGUUGGUCAAAUAGGACCACAUAAAAAUGUAUAUUUACAUUACAUAUCAAUUUAAAUGAAUUCUUUUUAUUCUAUAAAAUUACAUUUUACCUAAGACUGCUGUGGUUAUUAAACAGUCAUAUAAAAGGGCAAGAAAUGUCAUAAAAAUUAAGAUACAAAGUUUUCUAAAAAAUAGGACUUAGCCUCGCAUGUGUUUAUGAUUUCACUGAUUAUUAUAAAUAAAAACAACAAUUAAAUUAAUAGGAGAUAUCAAAAUGACUUCCACAUAUUUGAAGAAUAAUAAUGUAUAAAUACUAAGAGUGUGUUUACUUUCUUCUAAUCCCUUCAUUCUAUUAUAGUAAUACCAUGACGACCACGACAGAAACACUUGUUGCACACAACCAGAGAUGUUACGAAACAUGUGUCAGCAGUGGAACUUCUCACAUACAAACACAAAUUCACACAUGAGUCAUAAAUGAAAUGGAAUAUUUUAACUUUUGUUUUAUAAUUACGGGCUAUGUCUAUACAAACAACUCUAUAAAAAUGUUUUUUUUUCUCUGUUUCUCCAGAGUAUGAGAAAAAUUCCAAUAUGCCUAUGCACAGUGGACCCAUGCUUAUUUAUCUUAUACCAAACUUCAAAUAACAUUUGUCAUGUAGCUGCCAUCGGGAAAUACAAAAUAAAACUAAUAUUUUGUUGAACUCAAACAAGCAUUGCUGACAGUCUUUGGCUUUAACGUACACAAAGAUUUGAACAUAACAAUGCUUUCAUACAAAAUAACUUUAAACUAAAUGACUAAACAUUUGUUAACCUCCUUUGCACCUGAAAUAUCUAACAUAAAAUAUAAUAUGUGUUACUUUUUACUAGUACAAAGUGAGUCAAAAAUCCCCAUAGACAAUACAAUUUUUUUGCAUCUUUUGUAAUAACUUUUACUGGAUACAUAUUUAUUAUUUAAUUGAAUAGUAUAUGUUGUAUAUACAUCUACAAAAUAACAUACUACAUCUAGAUUGUCUUCAAUUUUGUGUAACAAAAAUUUAACCUUUAUUUUCAUUCCUUUGAGAGAGUGAAAGAGAACCACACGGGUAUUCAUCAUCAAAACCUUAAAAAUUAAAACAUAUAAUUGCCUUUAUACAAAACAAUAAGGCAAAUAUAAUAUCAAUUAGUAAUUCCUAAGCAAAUUUCUAAAUCAAUUUAUUUGAUAUUUUGUGCAACAUUUCAAUGUUAUGGUAACUCAUGAUAUAUUACGGAAACACAACUAGCCUCUAUGUUUUUAAUAAGGAAAAAAUUAGGAAAGCCUCCUUACAAACUAAUAAGGAAGAUAUUAGGGUUAUUCUCUUAUCUUUUAAUCUCUGUUUUCACUGCUUGUUUAGAAAAUAGUUUUGUAUGUAUGUGUUGACAGUGGAACCUAACAGAAAGGUCAGUGUAGUUUGACAUAUAUGUAGUAAUGUUGUAUUGGCUAAGCUUCACAAA